CAUCUGCACUGAAAACUUUACAUAUGACAACUUGUCAUCCGACAGCAAAAAAAGUAGUAAAAGGUGGAUUCAUGCAUUUUUCCGAAUCUUUGCAACCUGUUACCAUAGCCGUCAUUGUACGGUCAGCGUGUCUUCUGUGGUUACUCUACGACGGAGCUACUCCAAGAUGA